GUGCGUUCCUCGGUUGCUAUAGAAACAGACGGAUGCAGGUCCACGUGGACGCGAGUCCCUCCCCGUGAACGCGCAGCAGUGAGUGUUUGAUCAAACUUGUCGGCAGCUUGUUCUCAUGUGUCCUUAACGCGCUCAGCUUCAGUUUCAAGAUCUUCUGGACUUUCAGUUAAUCUUCAGCCUAGAAGUCUUUGCUUGCAGAAAUCUUCUGCAUUUGAUGUCACUUCAACAUUGUGAAAAGUUUCACUCUUAAUAGUACUUUUCUUAAUAAUAAAUUGUCGCUUCAUGGGUGGACUUUAUGAAGUAACAUCAGCGGCUGCCUGUUUAAAGGGCUGACCCAUGUGAGAAAGGAGACUUCGCGCACACACAUACAUACGCACACAUAAACACACACAUGGACGCCAUGGCAUCUUUCUCCACCUUCAACACCUGUGGCUCCAAGGUGGAUCGGGUGUCCCAUCGUAGGGGAGAAGACAGGCAGGGGACGCCCAAUGACAGCAACUGCAGUGCUGUACUUGAGAAGACCAGAGAGUUCUUCCAGAUUUGUGACAUAGAGGGCAAAGGCUUCAUUACACGACGGGAUAUGCAGAGGUUAAAUGGAGAGCUUCCUCUGAGUGCCGAGGAACUUGAGAACGUCUUUGACACUUUGGAUGCGGAUGCCAAUGGAUAUCUGACCUUUGAGGAGUUCUCUUCUGGUUUUAGUGAGUUUAUGUUUGGCCCUGGUGUGGCAUCAGUAGAGCUGCAUGCAGGUGAGGAGUCAGUCUCAAGAAAGACUCCAGAAGUGCUCUACGAGAGCCAAUGGGAGGAGAGAAUCAGCAGGGCAGAGGAGGACGAGGAGAAACACUUCUGCAUGCUAAUGGAGAACCUGGGGGCGAGCAACAUCUUUGAAGAUCCAGGAGAGGUGCGGAGUCUUUGGGCCCAGCUCAGAAGAGACGAGCCUCACCUCCUGUCCAAUUUUGAGGAGUUCCUUGCCAGGGUCACUUAUCAGAUAAAAGAGGCCAACCAGGAGAAGAAAGAGAUGGAGACUGCUCUUAAAAGGAAAGUGGCGACACAUGAUGAUGAAAUCCAGAGGCUGUAUGAAGAAAUGGAGCAACAGAUCAAGAAUGAGAAAGACAGGAUACUCUUAGAGGAUUCCGAGCGGUUCUUGUCUCGCAGUCAAGACUUGGAGCAUCAACUUUCCAUUAAGGAGAAAGAACUGGAAAUGCUUUCUAACAAACAGAAACGGCUGGAGCGUCAGUGUCGAGAGCUGCACAGCGAGCAACGAGAGACAGCCGUGGAGAACGUCAAACUCAAACAAUAUAAUGAGGACUUGAGCCGUGAGCUGGAAAGUACCACCCAGGAGCUGAGCCUGGCCCAGGAGCAACUCAUGCUGCUGCAGGAACAGUCCUCACAACUGCAUGACGAGCGAGAGAUUGAGAUUUAUAGGGUUACAGAAAGCCUGCAAAGAGAGAGGUCAAGUCUUCUCAAGCAGCUUGAUUUGCUAAGGGAAAUGAACAAACAUUUACGAGAUGAAAGAGACAUGUGCUAUCAAAAACCAAAGACCUCUGCUGCAAAACUCUCAUGGACACAAAGGUCUGGAUCAAUUACUCUGAAUCACGCUGAGCGGAAGCAGUCAUUCAAGAGUGACGAGGAUGAAGAAGUUCUGCCUCAUUCUAAGCGGAAAACCACAAUUGGUGUAAAUGGGCACAGCAUGGACCUGGAGGAAAUAGUAGAUGGGCGAACUCAUUCAAAACACCAGCUCCAGAGGGUCAUCUCAAUCGAGGAGGACCCCCUCCCCCAACUCCUUCAGCAGGGUUAUCAGGCCCAGCUCAGAGAAUGGAGUGAAGAUGAGGAGAUGGAGGAGGGCAUUGAUCUCCAAAUGAGUAAUAUUUACCCCACAACUAGCACUCCAACCUCUGUUUCACCACCUCUAGGAGUCUCACACACGCCCACCUCACCCCGGGGACAGCCUGUGGGCAAAGAGACAGUCCAGUCGGAUGAAGUGUCCAACUUAGGUCCAGAUCGCUUGUUUAAGAUCGUUCUGGUAGGGAAUUCCAGCGUGGGAAAAACAUCUCUUUUACGUCGCUUCUGUGACGACUGUUUCCACCCUGGUACAUGUGCUACUGUAGGUAUUGACUACAGUGUGAAGACUCUGACAGUGGACAACAGCCAGGUAGCCCUGCAAAUGUGGGACACAGCAGGACAGGAGAGGUAUCGCAGCAUCACCAAGCAGUUUUUUCGCAAGGCCGAUGGUGUGGUAGUGGUGUAUGACAUCACUAAUGAGCAGACUUUCACAGCAGUGAGGCAGUGGCUGGCCAGUGUGCAGGAGGGAGCAGGUGAGGACAUUCCCAUCAUGCUCUUGGGGAAUAAGACAGAUCUAGAUGGCCAGAGAGAAAUUCCGCUGGGAACAGGAGAGAAAUUAGCCAAGGACUUUCAAUUGAUUUUCUAUGAGUGCAGUGCUUUUUCAAACCACAAUGUGACAGAGUCCAUGAUUCACAUGGCAAGAGUUCUGAAAGAACAAGAGGACAGAGAAAAAGAGAAAACCGUGUCACUAGUAGACAGCACAGCUAAGAAGAAGUCCUGCUGCUAGUAGAGAGCCAUCCAUAAACACUCACAGAAACCUUGGUGUUAAUGCUGAUCUGGUGUUUCUUGCUCUCGUGUUACUGUUUUCUCUUAUGUUUGCGUUUUUGUAUGACCACUGUAGAGUUAAAAAUGUUUGGUCUUUUUUUUUUCUUUUUUUCUUUUUAUAAACCAGUACCUCUUUACAGUGUGAAACUGAUGAGUUUUAUGAUAACAUUUAGAUGUAGGGCUUUAAGUAGUGCACUAUAGUUUUGUACACUUACUAGAAUUCAUCAAACGUGUCCCUAUUAAGGUCAUUUAAAUCACCCGUCACACUAUUGAAGUAAACAAAGCUGUAUUUUCGUAUUGACAGUUGUUGUACUUUAUCUUUUUAAUAUGAAGGUCUAGGAAAGUAUAUUUUAAAUGAGCAAACAAAGCUCCUACACAUCCUAGUUUGUUUACAGUCAUUUGCACAAAUGUAUUAUUUAUUACUUAUGUGAUGGAUUGAAGGUCAUGAAUUAUUCCUUUAUUAUUCAUAGCAAGCAGACACAUUCUGAAAAAUGUCUCUAUUUGCUAACAGCAGCGUGAAUAUUUUUUUAAUACACUGCCACGAAGCAAACGGAUGGUUUGCGUGAGGAUUCGGUUUUAACAGGGUUCAGUGUUGUUUGCUUUGCUACAUUGAAACGAUUGAUCUAUUGAAAUAGAUUUUGUCAAAUGUUGAUUUCAGAACACUUUUUGAUUGUAUUUUAUGUAUUGUGCCAACAGUAAUGUGUAUAUAUACAUAUGUAGUUAUAUAUAUAUGUAGUCUGUAUUUGUAAUUUAAUGCAGUCAGUGUUAAAUCAGUGCAAAAAGUCACGCAGCAUUUGUUACUGUGCACACUUACCAUAAAUAACAUAAUUUCCUUCCAUUUUUGGGGAUGCAUUAAUUGUCCACCAGACAGUGGGCUUAUGCACAUUUGAGAUGAACAAUAAGGCUUAUUACUAUGUUUUAUCAAGUUCUUCAGUAAUCACAAUAUGUGUCAUGAUCUGUAAAUUGAGCUUUCAUGUGGAUUCACACAUUGAUUCUCUAUCACAGCUGGUCAGAAUGACACUAAAUCUGUGAACGUUUUAGAUGAUUUCACACUCAUGUAGUCUUGUAAAGGUGCCUGCUAUAAUAUGCACAUGUGUAAUGUGUAAAUAUUAAAUAGAAAUGUAUUUUGAGUGAAAUGUUGUAAUAAAGAAUACUAUGUUUGCAUUAA